GAGGGGAGGUGAGCGCCGGCCGGCGGGAACGGAACGGAGCGGAGCGGAGGGCAGGAAAGAGGACGCCGAAGGGAGAGGGAAGAAAGGUGUUUUUAGAGGGGCGGGGGGAGUCAGGUCCCGACGUUGCGUCGGGGAGUUAAACUUCCUCCCGCUCUGGAGCGGGGUGGCCGGGCACUCGCUGCGGUUUGGCGCCGCGCCCGCGCGGUCGGUGGAUUCUCGGGGUGUCCAACCGCGUGAGGAGCGGUGGCCGCCAUUUUAGGUGUGCGGCAAUUUUCGGGUCCCGCUGGCUGGGCCUCGCGGGGCGUGUGUGUGUAGGCGCGCCCGCUGGGGGGAGGGGCGCGGCGCGGCGCGGCUCUUUGUUGCGUUCGGGGUGGCUCGAGGCCUGGCCGACCACACGUGGUCUGGUAGUUCCCAGUGCACCUCCUGCGGCGACCCGCCUCUCCGGUAGGGAGAUUAUCCCCGCCAAACGCGGCCGCCAUUUUGUGGCAGCGUCGCGAGACGGUUGAGGGUCUAACGCUCCUGCCCUCCCCCCCCCCCUCCGCUUUGCCCGGGGCUCGCGCGCCUCUGUCUUUUGUGCCUGGCUGCGGGUCCCGCGUGCUCUCGUCUCGCCGGCCGCGGCGCUCGAGCAGACUCCGCGCCGCGUUGUGGCUGCCGAGCCCUCGGUAUUCCGGGGGGGGGGGGGCGCUCUGGUUUUCCCGCCACUGGAGUGUGUGUGUGUGUGGGGGGGGGGGGGUGGAUGAAGCAGCGUUGGCACGUUCCUCCCCGAGCUGCUGACGCCCAUCUGCCCUCCCGUCGCGGUUUACACCCGGCCCCUGCUGCAGCGUGGGUGGGCCGGCCGAAGCGCAACUUGUUGAAAAACGUACCCUGGUUUCCAAACUAAGCUUGAACAGUAACAGUUGAAUUACUGUUGUUUUGCAUCAUUUGAAACGUAGCUGGAGGGUCCUGCUGCUUUCCCUCUGGUCCUACUAGAGUCAAAAUGGUUGAAGCGGAUCGUCCUGGGAAACUGUUCAUUGGUGGACUGAAUACAGAGACAAAUGAGAAAGCUCUUGAGGCUGUAUUUGGCAAAUAUGGGCGCAUUGUGGAAGUUCUCUUGAUGAAGGAUCGUGAAACCAACAAAUCCAGAGGAUUUGCUUUUGUCACAUUUGAGAGCCCAGCAGAUGCAAAGGAUGCUGCCAGAGAUAUGAAUGGAAAGUCAUUAGAUGGGAAAGCAAUUAAAGUGGAACAAGCAACCAAGCCAUCCUUUGAAAGUGGUGGUAGACGUGGGCCACCACCCCCUCCAAGAAGCAGAGGUCCUCCCAGAGGCCUUAGAGGUGGAAGAGGCGGAAGUGGAGCAAGAGGACCACCUUCAAGAGGGAGUCACUUGGGUUCUUCUAGGGGGCCACUUCCAAUGAAGAGGGGGCCACCUCCACGAAGUGGUGGACCUCCACCUAAAAGAUCUGCACCUUCAGGGCCAGUGCGUAGCAGUAGUGGAAUGGGAGGGAGAGCUCCGGUAUCACGUGGAAGAGAUAGUUAUGGUGGUCCUCCACGCAGAGAGCCAAUGCCAUCACGGAGAGAUGUCUACAUGUCACCAAGAGAUGAUGGUUAUAGUACAAAAGACAGUUAUUCAAGUAGAGAUUAUCCAAGUUCCAGGGAUACAAGAGAUUAUGCUCCGCCUCCAAGAGAUUAUGCAUACCGUGAUUAUGGUCAUUCCAGCUCACGUGAUGAGUACCCCUCUAGAGGAUACAGUGAUCGUGAUGGCUAUGGUGGUGGACGCGAUAGAGACUAUUCAGAUCAUCCAAGUGGAGGCUCUUACAGAGAUUCAUAUGAGAGUUAUGGUAACUCACGUAGUGCUCCACCUGCACGAGGGCCCCCGCCAUCUUAUGGUGGAAGCAGUCGCUAUGAUGAUUACGGCAGUACACGAGAUGGAUAUGGAAGUCGAGAAAGUUAUUCAAGCAGCAGAAGUGAUGUCUACUCAAGUGGUCGUGAUCGUGUUGGAAGACAAGACAGAGGUCUUCCCCCUUCCAUGGAAAGGGGUUACCCUCCUCCCCGUGAUUCAUACAGCAGUUCAAGCCGCGGAGCACCCAGAGGUGGUGGCCGUGGAGGAAGCCGAUCUGAUAGGGGUGGAGGCAGAAGCAGAUACUGAAAAACAAUCAUAAACUUUUGGACCAAGACAGAUUACUUCUCACAAACCCAAGUGGAAGUUGUUCUAUCUUUACUACCAGAGGACUACUAAAAGGAAAAGUUGUUCUUACCUUUUUUUAUUGUUGCCUGUUAAGUUUCCCCCUCCAUGAUUUUUAUGCUUUUGUGAGGAAAAGUUAAAACAAUGUUUAAUUUCAUUUCAAAAUUGUUAACAUUUCUUUCAAAAAGCAGAUGUUAAAUGUAUAAAAGUUGAGCUGUGUACUAGUGUUGUAACUUUCAAAGUAAACGUUUCCCUGAAAUGCCA